AUGGAUGCACGCACGGACAUCACAUUUAACCAUUUAAAUAUCAUUGGCCGGCAGCUUCUAACGAGUUCCUUCGAACCAGCCAUCAAUGCCGUUAAAAAUACAUCUCAGUUUGUAGCUGAUCAAGCAGAGCACGUCCACAUUAACCAGAAAGCGAUAAAUAAGGCGGUGAAUGACCUAACCAUCGAAAAGCUUGCGGAGCUGGCAUCCCCCACUGCCUACAAUAAAGACUUACAUUACGUGGACGGGGGCCCGCUGACCGUGCAGUACCUGCUGGUAGUGGAUGCCCUCAACUUCUGCUUCUGGCCAGAUGAGGAGCUGGAAUAUGAGCACCUGUCCAAGGGGGUCAAGGCGGCGGUGGAGUCCGACCCGACCUGCCUGGACGCUGAGAAGCUGUUGUGGAGCACCGGGGCGGAUGUGCGGCGGCUGAUGGGGUGUUGGGGUCGGGAGGUGCCGCUGGAGGAGGAGAGGGCGAGACUGCUCAGAGAGGUGGGCUCGACGCUGUUGCAGCACUUUGGCGGUCAGGCGGCUAAAAUGGUGGAGGCGGCGGGCGGUUCGGCACUGGGGCUGGUGCAGCUGGUGGCUCAGCUCUUCCCUGGCUUCCGAGAUCACGCCGUGUAUCGGGGUCGCCAGGUCUUCUUGUACAAGCGCGCGCAGAUCUUCGUGGGGGAUGUGUACGGCGCUUUCGGCGGCGAAGGCCUGGGUGCUUUUUGUGACAUUGAUCAGCUGACCAUGUUUGCGGACUACCGGGUGCCGGUGGUCCUUAGAAACAUGGGCAUAUUGUCGUACAGCGAGGAGCUGGCUGCCAAGGUGGAGCGGCGGGAGGUUAUUCCAGCGGGCAGCCCGGAGGAGGUGGAGAUUCGCGCUUGUACGGUUGCGGCGGUGGAGCGGCUGCGGGAGGCUAUUGCGCACAAGUUCCUCGGCACCGGCGCUCAGCUGCCCCACGCCAUCCAGCUAGACUGGUGGCUGUGGGAGAUUGGGGAGCGGGACCGCGCCACCCACCCGCCACAUCACCGCACACUGACCAUCUUCUACUGA